AUGAACGGUUCUAUCAAUGGAUCCACCGCCGGGCCACAAGGAUCGAGUUCCAUGGAAGAUCUGAUGGUCACUUUCUGCAUCGGGACCAUCCUGUCCUUUAUGUGUGUAAUUGGGGUUACUGGCAACAUGUACACCUUAGUGGUGAUGUGCCACUCCAUGCGCUCAGCUGCCUCUAUGUACAUCUAUAUCAUCAGCCUUGCCCUGGCAGACCUUCUUUAUCUAAUCACUAUCCCUUUCAUCGUCUGCACCUACUUUAUGAAGGUAUGGUACUUUGGGGACAUUGGCUGCAGGAUUCUUUUCAGCUUGGACUUCCUGACCAUGCAUGCCAGCAUCUUCACCUUGACAAUCAUGAGCACCGAGCGCUACUUUGCUGUUCUCAAGCCCCUGGAUACGGUCAAGAGGUCUAAAAGCUAUAGGAAAGCCAUUGCACUACUGGUCUGGGCAGCUUCCUUCUUACUCACUCUCCCUAUGAUUAUCACAAUCCAACUUGUGCAAAUCGGGGACAAGAGCAUCUGCCACCCAACUUGGAACCCUCUCUCCUAUAAGAUCUACAUCACCAUACUCUUCUGCACUAGCAUUGUAGCUCCAGGGGUCAUCAUUGGGUAUCUUUACAUCCGUUUGGCCAGGACUUACUGGAUCUCCCAGACAGCUACCUUCAAGCAGACCAAGAGACUCCCCAACCAGAAGGUUCUGUAUCUCAUCUUCACCAUUGUUUUGGUCUUCUGGGCUUGCUUCCUGCCAUUUUGGAUCUGGCAGCUCAUAGGCCAGUUCUAUGAAUCCUUCCCGGUCUCCUCUAAGGCAAAGAGGAAUAUCAACUAUUUAACCACCUGCCUGACCUACAGCAACAGCUGCAUUAACCCGUUCCUCUACACGCUGCUGACCAAGAACUAUAAGGAGUAUCUGAGGAACAGGCAGAGGGCUUGGGCCAGCACUGGCUAUUUUAACAGGCGGAAUCGCUCCCAGAGGUCACAGCGGAGGUCCUUUUCCUCCAGCAGCCAGCACUGCACAGAGUCAUUCAUGCUGACACACAUUGCAGGGGGCAACAGCAGCUUGUAA